AAACCCUAGCGAUAGCCGUGCCCUCUAUUUAUCGCGGUACCGAAAGAACUGGGAAUGGCAACAACGGCUAGGGUUUCAGAUCUGGACGUAGAGCUGAGAUCUCAGGGAAGAAGGAGGAGAGAGAGAGGAGAUGGCGAGCAGCGGCGUGGAUCUCGCGGACGUCGCCUCGAUGGAUCUGAUGACGGAGCUGCUCCGCAGGAUGAAAUGCCAAUCCAAACCCGAUAAGCGCCUCAUUCUCGUCGGUCCUCCGGGAUCCGGGAAGGGUACACAAUCUCCGAUUAUAAAGGAUGACUACUGCUUGUGUCAUUUGGCCACUGGUGAUAUGUUGAGAGCUGCAGUUGCUGCCAAGACUCCUCUAGGGGUUAAGGCUAAAGAGGCGAUGGAUAAGGGAGAGCUCGUGUCUGAUGACUUGGUUGUUGGAAUAAUUGAUGAAGCUAUGAAAAAGCCAUCAUGUCAAAAGGGUUUCAUUCUUGAUGGAUUCCCUAGGACAGUUGUUCAAGCUGAAAAGCUUGAUGAGAUGCUGCAAAAGCAGGGCGGAAAAAUUGACAAGGUGCUCAAUUUUGCAAUUGAUGACGCCAUAUUGGAAGAGAGAAUUACCGGUCGUUGGAUCCAUCCGUCUAGUGGGAGGACUUACCAUACAAAAUUUGCACCUCCAAAGGUUCCUGGCACUGAUGAUGUCACUGGAGAACCCCUGAUCCAAAGGAAAGACGACACAGCUGCAGUUCUCAAGUCUAGACUCGAAGCUUUCCACAGGCAAACAGAACCUGUCAUUGAUUACUAUUCCAAGAAGGGCAUUGUGGCAGAGCUUCAUGCGGAGAAACCCCCUAAAGAAGUUACUGCUGAGGUUCAAAAAGCUCUUUCAUGAUGAUCAGGAGCUCUUCAUUUUGUUGCCCAAGCGUCAGAUGUAAACUUAAUUUAACAAAAAGGAACUAUUAGGCUUGGAUGCCCUUGUGUACCAGUUCUCAUUUAAAUUCCGAAAGGACGAGUUGAGUCUCCUUCGUCGGCUUUGUGAGCCAAAGAGUUACUUUCAAGUUUUUUUUAUUUACAAUAAAAAGUUUUGUAUUAGAACAUGUGAAAUGUUCCGCUAAAAAUUUCUGCUAUUUCUGGCUUUGGAUUGCAGAGAUCCAGCCAUUUCUGUCUUUCUAAAAA